AACCCCUGCAGGGCAGGGAGACACAAACUUUGCUUGGCUUCUAUCUCCCUCCCUCCCUCUCCCUAUUUCGCUCGCUCUGUGUCCGUCUUGGCAGAGAAGGCAGUAGCAACAGCCAAUCACAGCCGCCUGUUUUUUUUUCCCUUUAAGACUUACAAGGAAUAGAAACAACUUACACCAAGCACUUUAAACCUCACAAACUUGUUACUCGUACUGGAAUCUUGCUGUUUUGGUGCAUCACGCUGGAUUUCUCAGAGGCUCCUUGGCUCUCCAGCUCCCCUUUAGAUUGUGCCUGUUGCGUAGCGGAGUUCUCUGGCUGGCCUGUGCACGUUGAAGCUGCAGUGGAGAGAUGUCGAUGUUGCCUUCAUUUGGCUUCACACAGGAACAAGUGGCCUGCGUUUGUGAAGUACUUCAGCAAGGAGGGAACUUGGAAAGGUUGGGCCGAUUUCUCUGGUCUCUACCAGCCUGCGAUCACUUACACAAAAAUGAAAGCGUCUUAAAAGCAAAGGCAGUGGUGGCUUUCCAUCGAGGGAAUUUCCGGGAACUCUACAAAAUUUUAGAAAGUCACCAGUUCUCCCCCCACAACCACCCCAAACUGCAGCAGCUCUGGCUGAAGGCGCACUAUGUGGAGGCAGAGAAACUGCGAGGCAGACCUUUAGGUGCCGUGGGCAAGUAUCGAGUCCGCCGAAAAUUCCCCCUGCCAAGAACCAUUUGGGAUGGCGAAGAGACGAGUUAUUGUUUCAAAGAGAAAUCCCGGGGUGUGCUAAGGGAGUGGUAUGCCCACAACCCGUACCCCUCACCCAGGGAGAAGAGGGAACUGGCAGAGGCCACAGGGCUCACAACAACCCAAGUAAGCAACUGGUUUAAAAACAGAAGGCAACGAGACAGGGCAGCAGAAGCCAAGGAGAGGGAGAACAGCGAAAACAACAACACUUCAACAAAUAAACAAAACCAGCUCUCUCCUCUGGAUGGAGGUAAAUCACUCAUCUCUAGCUCAGAAGAAGAAUUCUCACCCCCACAAAGCCCAGACCAGAACUCAGUGCUGUUAUUGCAAGGCAACUUGAACCACACAACGAACUCGGGCUACUCACUUGCCGGUCUUCCUCCUACGCAGAGUAAUCACAAUCUUCAGGGCCAUCAGCAUCAGCUUCAGGACUCUUUACUUGGGCCUCUCACCUCCAGCCUGGUGGAUUUGGGAUCCUGAAGUCCUCCUUCCACAAAGUAACUAUGGAAAGUGACUUGAACAUACAUGGACCACAACUUUGUACAUAUAAUAAGGACUGGACACUUUACAUGACGGUACUUAACACUGUGCGUGGUAUUCUUUGAUAUUUGAAUGCCUUGUUACACUCAGCAGAAGCUUGGCUAAUAUUAUUUUCGCCACAUCAUCGCCGUCUUUGUUUAAUGCUCUUAACUAUAUUGGCAUAUUCCCUGCAAGUAUAGCCAAAUACUGGAAAUAAAAGGGAUAAUAUAUCCACCAAAUGUUCCAUUCAUACAACUUUACAAACAAGAAGUACUACUUAACCAGACUAAAGAAUAUUUCUUUUAAUUUAUGAUUUUUGUCAGACUAAAAAAGUGGAACUGAUGCAAGGAAGACUUUUGCGGAAAAAAAUCUUCUGGCGUAUUUGAAUCCCUGAGAUAAAUAACUUGCAGAACAAUACGUCUUGGAGUUUACACUUUUUUCAUAUUUAGUGUCAAAGAGAUUUUAAAGUAGUUUAUAAUAAAUAAAAUUCGAUAAUAUUAUUGUA